GCUGCGGCGCCAACUCAGCCGCCGGCAGGGGGUGGAGCCGCAGGGCGGGGCGGUGCGCGUUGAUGUGGCGUCACUGCGCGCGCCGCUCUGUGUUGCCAGAUGCCAUGGAGGCUACGCUGGAGUCCUCGCUGGAGGACCCACUGCGGAGCUUUGUGCGAGUUUUGGAGAAGCGGGAUGGUACAGUGCUACGACUACAGCAGUAUGGCUCCGGUGGCGUGGGUUGCGUUGUUUGGGACGCUGCCAUUGUCCUUUCUAAAUACCUGGAAACGCCCGAGUUUUCUGGCGACGGGGCCCACGCGCUGAGCCGGCGGUCGGUGCUGGAGCUGGGUUCGGGCACCGGGGCCGUGGGGCUCAUGGCUGCUACCCUCGGGGCUGAUGUUGUAGUCACCGAUCUUGAGGAAUUGCAAGACUUGCUGAAGAUGAAUAUUAGUAUGAACAAGCAUCUUGUCACUGGUUCUGUUCAAGCCAAGGUACUGAAAUGGGGGGAAGAAAUAGAAGGCUUUCCUUCUCCACCCGACUACAUACUGAUGGCCGACUGCAUAUACUAUGAAGAGUCUUUGGAGCCAUUGCUGAAAACUCUAAAAGAUAUCAGUGGAUUUGAAACUUGUAUUAUAUGUUGUUAUGAACAACGAACAAUGGGGAAAAAUCCAGAAAUUGAGAAAAAAUAUUUUGAGCAGAUUCCAAAGCAUGGAGACAGAAUUGGAGGAGUGAUGUGGAAACUGUAAGGCCGAGGGGUAUUGAAGAUGCACCCUGCCAACCUGAGAAAUGAUGCAUGAAUUGAGGGUUAGAAGACUUCUGCAACAACAUGAAGGAGGGGAUGACGUGGUUUAAAAGGCAAGUGCAACAGAUGAGGUGAUGCCACUAGCUGGGGCUCAGCUAGGACAUAGCUAAUUCCCAAAUCCCAAGGGACUGCCAAUGCCUUGGCCUCUGGGCAAGUGUGGGUUGCCUCUGCACAAUGGAGCUUGUAAACCACUUAUCAGAAUGCAAUUAUAGCCAAUUAGGGAAAGGGUUGCAACCCCACAGUAAGGCAGUGUUUCUCAAACCAGGCUGCACCUGGAAAAUUAAAAGCACACAAAACCCAUGUUCAGGCCCUAUCCCAGUCCAGUUUAAUCAGAGGUGUAGUAUUUUUGUUAAGGGGUUCCAGAUGGUCUUAAUGUUUGCCUUAAAAUGAGAACCACUGCAACAAGGAAACCUCUUUUAGCAUCUACUUCCCAAGGAGAAGAGAGCAAAGAAAGAAGAAAGUAUAUAAAAAGCAAACCAUCUGUGAAUAGAGUGGGCCCAUAGUACAUACGGACAAAAAACCACUUGGAAUCCGAUGUGGAACCUUGUGUGAAACAGGAGGUUUUAAAAUAAACAGUACUGAGCUUUGGAAACGGAAAUAGACUAUAAAUAUAAUCCGAAAAUUCAGAGAAUCUGGCCAAGAAGGCAAAGGUGAUGCUACUCAAGAAAGAAGGGGGAUUCGACAGUUAAAAAUUGUUGCAGGUCCAGUCUCCAAUGACUUGAGUCUCUUGUGUACACCAGUUAUAACUUUAAACGUCUUUGAGGUUGCAUAACUUUGCAUUUUAAUCUGCCACAGUUUAUAACCAAGGGUCCAUGGAUCAUAUGUUUGGUGAAGUUGGAAAUGAAAUUAGUUUUUUGUUGUUUUGUUUUGUUUUGUUUCGAGACAGACUCUCACUCUGUCACCCAGGCUGGAGUGCAAUGGUGUGAUCUUGGCUCACUGCAACCUCCGCCUCCCAGGUUCAAGUGAUUCUCCUGCCUCAGUCUCUGAAAUAGCUGGGUUUACAGGCACCUGCCACCACACCCAGCUGAUUUUUGUAUUUUUAGUAGAGAUGGGAUUUCACCAUGCUGGUCAAGCUGGUCUUGAGUUCCUGACCUCAAGCAAUCCACCCGUCUCAGCCUCCCAGAGUGUUGGGAUUAUGUGCGUGAGCCACUGCACCUGGCCUAGGUUAUUUUAAAGUAAGAACUAUUAAUCCAGAAUGUUAGUGGGAAUUUUUUUAUACACAGCAUAUCUUUUAAUUUUUUCUUACCUUUCUUGAAAAUUUCCUUGUUAAAUUAUGCAAAAUAUGAUAUGACAGAUUAUAGGUAUUUUAAUUUAAAGAAGAGUAUGGGUUAUAGAAACAUCUGUUGUUCUAAAGGCCCCCUGUAGAUGGCAUUGCUUGACUUUGUCUUUAAAUGUUUUAUAGAAAGGAAGUUGUUAAAAUAGAAUCUACUUUGAAAUGCAAUCACAUUUUAAAGGUGAACGAAAUUAGAUUUAAAAAAAUAAGCCUACCUUUUGAGUUACUUUCAGAAGAUAACACAGGGUAAGUAAAACAAGUUUUUUUCUUGUAAAAUUGUAUUUGGUUUAUCUUUCCGUUUCUUUCUGAUAUGUCUUUUGAAUAUCAUUCAUAAAGCUGCAUUAUUACAAUUCAUAAAACAUUUUCUCUGCUAUUGAUACCUUCUGUGAAAAGAAGACAGAUAUUUAAGAGGCUAAAUUAAUUCAAGUGACGUUCUGAAAAUUAAAAUUCACCUUGAAAGUACCUUUCACAUAAUCAUGAUUUUACAUCUGAGACACUUAAAACUUCUCAUUUUAAUUAGUUUUUCAAAGCAGUUUGUUUUUUUUUUUUUUCAAUAGAGUAAGUGGUAGUUCUUACUUCUGAAAGCUGAAGCUGUGUCUUUGGUUCCCACAGUCCUGUAGACACAGACCAGGUAUUUGACUUUUGGGUUUUCUUUUUUCUCAGGAAACAUCAGAAUUUGAAAGAGUUUUGAUUCAUUGAUAACAAACAUUGUUAGAGGAGAAUAUUCAGUUUUCAUACCAUAAAGACCUUCACUCUAAUAGAAAUACAGAAAAAGAAAACUGUUGCAACAAUAUCUUACUGAAAAUUAAUGGAAAAGCUAAGUUUUUACUUUCCAUAAUAUUGGGUAGGAAAGCAAUAAAUUCUCAAGGCAUUUUCACCAGUUAAAGUUUAAACCAUUAGAUAUUUGGGGUUGUUCAAGACAUUGAAGUUCUUAUGUGUUAGUGAAGUUCUGUGAAUAUCUAGCGAGUCCCCAUCAACUGUGAGAUACAUUCUAAGUCAUUGAUUAUUAAUAACAAGAUGCUAUCAUUUGCAAAUGAUAAACCUAAAAUAUGGUAGAGCAAAUUAUCUCCAUGAUAAUAUUUUGCUCACGUGCAUUCUGAAAACAGUGUCAGCACAGAGGCUCUGAGACCAGAUUGUCUGGGUUUGAAUCCCAGUGCUGCCACUUACUGGCUGUGUGACCUUGAAGUUACUUAAACUCUGUGUGCCUCAGUUUCCUCAUAUGUAAGGUAAAGAUCAUAAUAUCUUAUAGGUUGCUGUGGAGAUUAAAUUAGUCAAAUACAUGUACUUAGGUACCAGGUGCGUAGUAAGUGUUCAAUAAAUGUGACUGUAGUUGGGGUGGAAUUACAGGUGGGCACUUGGAAAAUAUGCAUAAUGCAAGUCAGUUUUAUCUGUUGCAGUGUGAAAUCUGGGCACCUUUUUGAGAGUAUAGGAUACAUGUAAACAUUGCUGCUCAGUCACGGCGGGAAUGGCAGCUGGGAUGGGAGGAAGUUGAGAACAUUGUUACACAACGUGUACUGUUAUUUAAACAAAUAACAAUCUUAGAAAAAUAAAGAAGAUACGGGGAAGAAAAUUUUUAUUCACUGUUCAUUUUUACAGUUUGAAAGCAACUGCCACGAGCAUUCAGAGGCCAAUAGAGACAGAGCAAAUCCUCGUUUCUAAAUAUGGGAGCCUGGGUUUGCUGGCUGGAGCAGCAAGAUUAACAUUCCACCGCCCUGGACCCUUACUCAAUUCUUCCUUCCAGGGUUCUUUGCUAAACCUGAGACCAGAUAGGUAGCAGGCCAUUAAAGUACAGCAGAAAGUCAUAUUUCUGAAGUCUGAGACUUGAUCUAUCUGCAUAACGAUAUUUUCAGAGUUUAGGUUUAUUAACUCUAAAAGAGCAAUGUGACUUUAAAAUAUGUUUGUAGCAGUUGUUUCUUGCCUAAAUAAUCUUUCACUGUGUAAUGAGUGCGUGUGUGGGAUGCGGGACUUAACUAAUUCCUCAGGCUAACUGACCAUGUCUUUUACUAACAGACAAGAAUGACAAAACCUUGGAUUGUGUCUGUUUCUCCAUCAGCCAGUGUAAAGUGGCACAUAGGCUUUACUUCAGAAGGGGUGUCCAGUCUUCCCUGGGCCACACUGGAAGGAGAAGAAUUGCCUUUGGGCCACACAUAAAAUACUCGAGUGAUAGCUGAUGAGUUUAAAAAAAAAUUGCAAAAAAAUCUUAUAAUGUUUUAAGAAGGUUUACAAAUUUGUGUUAGUCCACGUUCAAAGAUGUCCUGGGCCAUAUGCGGCCCAUGAGCAGUGGACUGGACAAACCUGCUCUCUGCUUCUGCAUUGUAUUAAACUUGCGAGGCCUGUUUGCAAUUAAUGGAAAAUAUUGUCGUGAAUACUAAAUAGGUGGUCUUAAUUUUUAGAGACCUUUACACAUUACCUAUAAUACAGUAACUUAUUUUGUUGAAUUAAUUCACAUUUUUUAAUUUUCACAGGUUGAAAACAAGGAUAUUUCUUCCUUGCAAAGCAAAAUUAAAAUGUUUGUAAAAGAGCUGGCCUAGAUGCAGUUUUUAUAGGCUUAAACGUUUGAGUAGUUAACAAAUUCCUUUCAGGUUAUUAGUUCUAAUGAGGUACCACUGACAGUCUUUUGAUGGGUCAGUGCUGUUAAAUACUUUUGGGUUUUUUGUUGUUUGUUUGUUUGUGACAGAGUCUCACUCUGAAACCCAGACUGGAGUGUAGUGGUGCAAUCUUGGCUCACUGCAACCUCCACCUCCCAGGUUUAAGCAAUCUUCCUACUUCAGCCUCCUGAGUAGCUGGGAUUACAGGCAUGUGCCACCAUGACCGGCUAAGUUUUAUAUUUUUUGUAGUGAUGGUGUUUGGCCAUGUUGCCUAGGCUGAUCUCAAACUCCUGAGCUCAAGCAAUCUGUCUGCUUUGGCCUCCCAAAUUGCAGGGAUGAGCUACUACACCUGGCCUUGAGUAAUUUUUUAAAAGUUACCUUUAACUCAGAUUUGUUAAUCUGCUGAAGUCCAGGCAUUAACGAUGUGAGUUCCAGGUGCUUGUGUUGGUUCAUGAUUGUUUGACAAAUCAUUGCCAGAGUUUUAUGUACACAGUGCAAUCUCAUGUAUCUACAUUCAGUACUCAACCUUGUUCUUUUAAGGAAUGUGUCCUGAUAACCUGCUUGUGCUGCAUGCACAGUACAGCAAUGUACUGAGGUGCUACAUAUACAAAUUACUAUUUUUUUUUUUUUUUUGAGAUAGAGUUUCGCUCUUGUUGCCCAGGCUGGAGUGCAAUGGCUCAAUCUUGGCUGACCGCAACCUCCGCCUCCCAGGUUCAAGCGAUUUUCCUGCGUCAGCCUCCCUAAUAGCUGGGAUUACAGGCAUGUGCCACCAUGCCCAGCUAAUUUUGUAUUUUUGGUAGAGACGGGGUUUCUCCAUGUUGGUCAGGCUGGUCUCAAUCUCCCGACCUCAGGUGAUCUGCCCGCCUCGGCCUCCCAAAGUGCCGGGAUUACAGGCAUGAGCCACUGCGCCCGGCCACAAAUUACUAUUUUUUUUUAUACAAAGCUUAGAUGAGAAGCUUUACACUUGUGUUUAGAAUGAGUGUAAAUAAUUUCAUGGCAUAUAAUUCACGUGGAACAAAGGACUGGCUUCUUAAAAACAGGAAAAAGAAGUUUCACAAUCCCACAAAUAAUAAAUGUUUAACCAGAGAAUAUCUUUGGAUUUCAGUGACAUUUAUGAAUGUAGGUACAGUAAUGUGCUUUUAAAAUAACUUUUCUUUCUAAAUCUUGUUACAAGGAUUUUUUUUUUUUUUUUUUUUUUGAGACAGUGUUUCACUCUGUUGCCCAGGCUAGAGCGCAGUGGCAUGAUCAUAGCUCACUGCAGUCUUGACCUCCUGGGCUCCAGUGGUCCUCCUGUCUCAGUCUCCCAGUAGCUGGGACUACAGGCAACAUACCACUAUGCCUGCCUAAUUAAAAAAAUAUUUCUUUCUGUAGAGACAGGGUCUCACUGUAUUGCCCAGGCUGGUUUUGAACUCCUAGGCUCAAGCAGUCAUCCUACCUCGGCCUUUCAAAGUGCCAGGAUUACAGGUGUGAGCCACUGCAGUGGAUGGAUUUUUAAAAAAAUUCUGUUGUUCAAAACUCUUCACUCUCACGCAUGUAUCUGACACCCACAGUGAGUCUGUUACUCUUGUUCCCUGUGAAAUGUCUGCUUGUUAACCUGAGAGUCCAAAGAACAGGAGAGGCAUAGUUUGGCAGGUAGGAACAAUAUUCCCUGUUAGCCCUGGAAGACAGCUGCAGUUCAGUUCUAAAUUCAAUCACCUUCCCUUUAUGCUCCCAAGCUUUAUGAGAAAACAGCUCACUUGAUUACCACCUAAUCUACCUGUAUGUCCUUGGGCAAGUUAAACUCUGCAUGUUACUUUCCCUUUCUGUAAAAUGAGAAUAUCUAUUGGCUAACAUUGUGGUAAUGGUUAAACUAGAUAAUGUAUGGGGACCAUACUUAAGGAAGCAGUCUCCUCAGUUUAAACCAAAACUGUUCUGAGAAUCCAGACUAGUAAACUCUUGCAAACUAGAGAGGUGUACAAGAAACCAUCCCAAGUAAAUGACACAUAAGUGGUCCAGGAAAAACAAUCCUCAGUUGUUAGGAAGGAUUCCAAGUUUAGCAGUGUGCCUGUCAUUUACCGUUAUAUUCCAACCAGACAUCUUCACCACGUCUUUUAGACCCUACCUUCAUCAUAGGAAGAGAGAAGCCACAGGGGAAAAUAAUUGAGAGGUUGGUUGCUCUUAUCAAAAAAAAAAAAAAGGAAAAAAAAAUCCCGUAAGGCUUUAAUGAGGCGUAGGGCAUCACUGGUUUGAUAUUUCCCAGCAGAAUGCAAUACCAAAAGUAAAACCAAAGAAAUAGUCCCCUUUCAAAAACACGAAGGUCCCAAUGCAGCAGACUACUGCAGGCCGCAGAGGGUGGGAACAGAACUUAGCAAAGAAGUUCCCCGAGACUCCGCAAAAUACUGUAAAGUGGACAGCAAAUGAAAUAUGGCUUGUUGCUGUUAAAGUUUCUCCACAGUUAACUCAAAACUGAGGACCUAUGUGUAAAGAGUCUGGAACAAUGCCUGACAUAAAAGAUCCUCAACAGUGGGGAGGGAGAGCAUCAGGAUAAAUAGCUUAAUGCAUGCUGGACUUAAUUCCUUGGCGAUGGGUUGAUGGGUGCAGCAAACCACCACGGCACAUGUUUACCUAUGUAACAAACCUGCACAUCCCGCACAUGUAUCCUGGAACUUAAAAUCCUCAAGACAUUUUAAUUCUCUUCCCUUCUCUCAUUUUCAAAUCUACCCUCAAUGACUUUUCUGAACAUUCAACACAUUUAUUUACUCCUUCAAUUCAGCAGACAGGCACUGUGCUAGGUAUCAGGGGUACCCAUCAGUACUCUUAAAUAUUAGGGACAAAUAAUAAGAUGCAUUCCAUACCCAUAAGCAGCUCUCACAUCUGUAAUGAGAGGCAUAUGCAAAAAAUAAUUGCAACUCAGAGAAAUGCAAUCAUAAAGGCAUAAGCUAGCUACAGCGGCAGUGCAAAGGAGGAUGUGGUCGCCUCUGCCUCAGUUGGUCAGGGAAGAUUUCAUGAAGGGACCAUUAAGCUGAUUUUUGAAGGAUGAAUGGAAAUCCACUGGACAGCUUGUCAGGUGUUCUAGGCAAACACAUACAACAGCAUCAGAUGUGGUUUUGGUGUGGCUUGAGCGUACGGCAUGUGUAGGAGAUGACUAAUGGGUAGGCAGGAGGGCAGGGCAAGGACAUGCAGAGUCCAUGUGGCGUAUUCAGGAGUGCAGAUGGGUUCUGGAGGCAAUGAGAGGAUAUUUCAAUACUUUAAGCAGGGUAGCCACUUGGCCAAAUCAUUUUAGAAAGAUUAUUCUGACAGCAAAUUUGGAGAGUGGGCGGGAGAGGGGCCAGACAUGAGGCAAAGAGAUCAGGAAGGGAGAAUGAACAGGUAAGAGAUGUUGAGGAGUGGGGUCUGAACUCCGGCAGUAGCAGUAGGAAUGAAGAGGAAGGGAUCUGAGAACCGCUGUGGGCUAGACUAAGGCAGAUACAGUAAGUUCUGUAGGUGCCCGCGGAGCAUCCUGAUGGGGUCAAGGCCUCCACGGUCCUCAUACUGCCCUCCUGCAGGUCAGAGUCCCUUUUCUUUAAAACACUUAUUUUGAAAAGAAUUGAAAUAACAUUAAUUUUAUUAGAACUAGAGACUUUACUGUCAUCUGCCAGAAAAUUGUCCUGUAUAUAAAUCAUGUAAGUUUGGAAUCAACAGUUUUAAAUUUUGUUUUAACUUCAAAACAAUAAUGAUGUCUACAAUGUGAAUGGUGUCCCCUUCCAAUGUUGCUCUUUGCUGUACCCAGCCUGAGUGGCCACACACUGUGACCCUGGUUACAUGUAUGUAAUAGGCAGCUAAACACAAGCGGUCCUCUAUAUAUGUGAGUUCCAUGGGUUUCAACCAAACGCAGAUUGAAAAUAUUCGGGGGAAAAAAAUGGAUGGUUGUGUCUGUACUGAACAUGUACAGACAGAGUUUUUCUUAUCAUUAUUCCCUACACAAGACAGUAUAACAACUAUUUACAUAACAUUUACAUUGUAUUAGGUAUUAUAAGUAAUCUAGAGAUGAUUUAAACUAUAUGGGGGUAGGAGGUGGGUGUGGAGGGCGAACACAUAGCAAAUGGAUGCUGGGCUUAAUACCUAAGUGAUGGGUGGAUCUUUGCAGCAAACCACCAUGGCACACGUUUACCUGUGCAACAAACCUGCACAUCCUGCGCAUGUACCCCUGAACUUAAAAGCUGAAGAAAAAAAAAUGAAUUCAGUCCAAUAAGUAAUAAGGUAUACGGGAGAAUGUGUGUAGGUUAUAUGCAAAUACUAUACUAUUUUAUACAAAGGACUUGAACAUCUGUGGAUUUUGAUGUCUGCGGGGGGUCCUGGAAUCAAUUCCCCAUGGAUACUGAGGGAUGACCGUGUAUAGGUUUGGGGGCAGAAGAGAGAGUAGAUUGAGAAAGAUGAUGUCUUUUUUUUUUUUUUUGGCGAGACAGUCUCAUUCUGUAGCCCAGGCUGGAGUGCA